AUGGACAGAAUUGCAGGCACAUACACCAGCUUUGCACGCUCUGUCUCAACGCUUGGACGGGUCCUCUUGGUUCCCUAUGUGUUUCUGAGAGUGAUUCUGCAGUUUGCACAUUACAAUACCCUGAAUGCUCUUUCAUAUAUCAAACUUUUUAUUUUGUACCACUACAACAUGAUUUUGAUGAUUAAUGGGGCCAGAGAAGAUGAUCUGACUUUCAGGGAGUCCUGGGAGCAGAAAAAACGCUUUAACGUGGUCAGGACGUACAAUGAAACAAGACCUGUAGCAGAGGAUGUCAAGGCUUGGUUCGAAUCUCCUGCGUUGCAAGCUAUACCAGGUAUCACGUGGAGAAGAACAGCAUACUAUUACGAAAGAUAUGUCAUUCACGCCCCCAUUUGCACACUCAGAAAACUUCCCUUUGUGCCUAAAAAAACAGGCUCUUAUUUAUUUGACCCUCAUUCCAACUCUACUCCUUCAGCGGACAAGGACGGCCAAUUGCUUGAGAGAGAGUCUAGAUUCCCCAAUAGCGAUGCUAUCAGAGACUCAAGUCGUGUGAUUGCACCACGAGUCAAGUCGGAUUUCACACCGAAAUCGUACAUCCUUAGCUCUGAGUCGGUGAGACAGACACAUGACUCAGGUCAUCUGGUGUCCCAAACUGUGCCAAUUAAAUCACCGUCAAUAACCAAACUUUUUGAUCAACCAGCAGAAGCGCCUCCACCAUCCCCAACUCCCGUACCAAAAGAGCAACAGGUCAUUGAGGACAGACCAAUCAAGUCUUCAGACUCUAACUCGUCUUUUUUCUAUAAGAUCAGAAUUAGGCGAAAAAAUAAACCUCAGGAUCCCACUUACGGAAAUUACGAGCUGGUCAGACAAGCGAUCAGAGACUGUCUUCCAAAACCAGAUUAUGACGACGGGUCUAUUGGUCCCAACAUUGUUAGAUUCACUUGGCAUUGUUGUGCCCAUUUCGACCGCGAGUCAGGUACCGGUGGAUGUAAUGGAGGUACAAUGAGAUUUGCCCAAGAAUUCAAUGAUCCCGGAAAUACAGGACUGCACACUGCAAAAUCGUAUCUAGAUCAAAUUCACGAGAAAUAUCCUUGGAUAUCUUUUGCUGAUCUUUAUACAUUAGGAGGAGUGGUUGCUAUUGAAGCCAUGGGAGGACCAAAGAUUGAGUGGAAGCCGGGAAGAACAGACUGUCCAGACUCUAAUAAGGUGCCUCCAAUGGGAAGACUCCCUGUGGCUACAAAAGAUACCGAGCAUCUUCAUGAGGUGUUCACUCAACGUCUUGGCUUCAAUGACCAGGAGCUUGUUGCGUUGAUUGGAGGUGGCCACACGUUGGGCGGAUGCCACGUGAAGUUUAGUGGAUUCGAUGGCAGUUGGACUUCCAAUCCGGUUAAGUUCGACAAUGAGUUCUUCAGAGUGCUAUUGGAAGAUACGUGGAAUUUUGAGAAAGUCCCUUUGACCGGAAUGCCACAGUAUUACAACUCCGAUCACAGUUUGAUGAUGCUGAUCACAGAUAUAGAGCUGAUCAAGAAUCCAACAUUCAAAUACUGGGUUGAAGUAUAUGCAAGAGAUUCCGAGUUAUUUAUGAGAGACUUUGCUUCAGCGUUUGCCAAGCUAUUAGAAUUGGGAGUCAACAGAGACCCUGAUGGGAUUGCUCGAACGAAAAUCUAG